AGGUGAAGGGGUGAAUCCCUGGCUUGUCAUUGCUGUAGCUCACCCCCUAUAAGGGAUAUCACUAAAUAGGGUGUUUACCUUUUUCACCUUCUGCUGGCAUCUAUUAUUCUUUCUCCAGCUGGCAUUGCCCUAUGCCCAUUCCUGUCGUUCAGUGCAUUCCUGUCCCUGUUGCCCCCUCUGCUGCCCAUCCCCUAGCAUUAUCGGUUACCUGAGUGUGUUGGGAAGAGGCUGCUUCACUGUACCUGGGGGAUGGCUUGUAUGGGAGCCUCAGGGAGCUGCUGCUUGUAAAGCGGAGGAGACAAACACACGGCUCAGCUUCAUAGGCAUCUCCAGCAGAGAUCGGGGGCAGCCGACCUUCCCUCACUCUAUCGGAUGAGAAGGCUGCAAGAAAACCAGCACCAUGAGCACCAGCUCAGUGCCGUAUCAACACAACUCUUAUGGCCCAGCAGGAAGCUCUGGGCCCAUUCAGUGCUAUCGUUGCGGGGAGACCUGUAAAGGAGAGGUGGUGCGAGUGCAGACCAACCAUUUCCAUAUUCGCUGCUUCACAUGUCAAGUUUGUGGCUGUGAUCUGGCCCAGUCUGGCUUCUUCUUUAAGAAUGGAGAGUAUAUCUGUACACGGGAUUAUCAGCAGCUAUACGGCACCCGAUGUGAUAGCUGUCGUGACUUCAUUACUGGAGAAGUUAUUUCAGCCCUUGGUCGGACUUAUCACCCAAAAUGCUUUGUCUGCAGUAUGUGCAGGAAACCUUUCCCAAUUGGAGACAAGGUGACAUUUAGAGGAAAAGACUGUGUUUGUCAAACGUGCUCCCACUCUUUAGUCAGCGACAAGCCUAUCAAGAUCCAUGGCCCAAGCCACUGUGCAGGGUGUAAAGAGGAGAUAAAGCAUGGACAGUCGCUCCUGGCAUUGGAGAAACAGUGGCAUGUCAGCUGCUUCAAGUGUCAGACGUGCGGCAUCGUACUAACUGGGGAAUAUAUCAGCAAAGACGGUGUGCCUUAUUGCGAGACAGAUUACCAUGCUCAGUUUGGGAUUAAGUGUGAAACCUGCAACAAGUACAUCAGUGGCCGAGUCCUAGAGGCAGGUGGCAAACAUUAUCACCCUACGUGUGCUCGCUGUGUGCGCUGCCAGCAGAUGUUUUCAGAAGGAGAAGAAAUGUACCUGACAGGGUCUGAAGUCUGGCAUCCAAUUUGUAAACAAGCAGCUCGAGCAGAAAAAAAACUAAAAUACAGGAGGGCUUCUGAAACAUCUAUUUCCCCUCCAGGAUCUAGCAUUGGGUCUCCGAAUCGGGUUAUAUGUGCUAAGGUAAACAAUGAAAUUCUAAAUUACAAGGACUUAGCAGCUCUCCCUAAGAUUAAAGCAAUCUACGCAGUACAGCACCCUGACCUCAUUUCUUAUGAGCCGUAUGGUAGAUACACGUCGGAUGAGAUGCUGGAGAGAUACAGCUAUGGGGAGGAUAUUUAUGAAGGGAUGGACUUACGGCAGAGAAGGUCAUCAAGCCCAGGCUACAUAGACUCUCCACUCUACGGCCAUCGUGAUGUAGCUCUCACCAUGCCUCGCUCCCCACAACAUUACUACAUGUCAGGCUCAGAGAGUGGACGCAACUCCCCUUAUUAUAGCCAGUUAGAUGUACGUUGCUCCACGCCGACUCUUUACCAAGCUCCUCGUCACUUCCACAUACCAGCUGCCGCAGAGAGCAAUAUUUACCGGAAACCUCCCAUCUACAAACGGCAUGCAACCAAAAGUAAAACAAGUGAAGAUCUUGUACAGUCCUCUAAAUAUUUUCCAGCUUACAACCCUGACCCCUAUUAUCAGCCUGAAUCAGAGUACUGGAUGUAUUCGCCCAAAGUACCACGAGCACGGAGAUUCUCAUCUGGAGGAGAGGAAGAUGGGUUUGACCGGACCAUGCAUAAGCUCCAGGGAGGGAUUGGCCGAAUGAUCUUGAAAGAAGAAAUGAAGGCCCGCUCAUACGCUGAUCCCUGGACACCACCUCGCAGCUCUGCGGGCAGUAAGGAAGCUCUCCACACGGCUGGAUAUGAGGGCUCUCUCAAUGGAUCUCCGAAACGCUAUCUGGCUGACAGUGAUCCCUUAAUCAACAAAUCAGCCUCUCUCCCGGUGUACAGAAGAAAUGGACUGCACAGGCCGCCGAGCACAGAGCUCUUCCACUAUGACAGUGCCAAUGCGGUGAACUGGGGCAUGCGAGGUAAGAUAAUUUAUCCGUAUGAAUUACUAAUGGUGACCACUAGAGGGAGGAACAGACUGCCUAAAGAUGUCGACAGAACACGCCUGGAAAGACAUUUAUCGGCUGAAGAGUUUUAUCAGGUCUUCGGAAUGACCAUAUCAGAGUUUGACCGCCUGGCACUGUGGAAACGGAACGAGCUGAAAAAACAGGCCAGGCUAUUCUAACUCAAUGCACCAUGUGCCUCAACAGCAAAUGUACACCUCUAUAAAUAUAUUUAUACUUCUAUAUAUAUAUAUAUAUAUAUAAAGAACUUCUGUAUAACUACUACAAAUGACAUGUAUAUUGUAUUAUAGGCCCGUCUCACUAUAGGCAGAGAUGUUUGCUUUAACCCUUUGAGACGUGGAGGGGACAUCAACCUAUAUCUAUGCAAUGCGUUGCAGUCUCCUCUAACGGCUGAGAAGGUUAUAAUCUGUAUCGAGAGAUAUUUUGAACUCUCAUUUAUAUUUUUAAUGCUGUUUUUUAUGCACCACUGUUUCAGACAGUUUAAUUUCACUAAAGCCUGUUAGCUGUGUCAUGUUUUACAUUUACUUUUACUUAACCACAUAGUCAGUGGCACAGGAUUGGACUAUUGAGCUCUGCUACACCCCAGUUAAGUAAUAUUGUUGUAUAGAAAUCAGCAACAACAUAAGAAGCAAUACCCGGAUAGUGUGUGUCCUUUUUACACAGGAGACAGAGGCAAAGGUCUUCAAGUUUAAAUAUAGUUUUUAUUUCUCCAAACAACAUGGCACUGUGAAUAACAGGCCAGCAAAAGACACCUCAAAACACCUGAUGGGUUUCAUUCAUACUAACAGGACUUCAUCGUAGGUCGCUGGCUAUUAUUUCUUAUGUAGUUGCUGUUUACGAUUGUACGGACGGGCUGAGGGACCUGUGUCCGGAGCAUGGUGGGACCACGCCGUUUGUUUUUUCGUGCUCUCUUAUUUAUGUAAAGAAAUCAGAUAUUAAGAUCC